AUGACUUCAUUUGAAAUGCAAGAAUAAUACUCACUAUAGGAUUCCCUUUUGUCUGAUGUAUCUUCAAUGUCCAUUGAAUAAAGAUCGAGAAGUAGAACUCUAAACAAGACUGUUAAGUGGAAACUUGAAUAAUUUCAUGAAAAAAACGUGAUGCAGGAGGAGCAAGAAAAAAUUUAGCGAGUCAUUAAAAUAUAUGAUGAUAAUCUUAAUGAUGAACAUGGCUAAAGUGAUAGCAAUUUUUUUGAAGAAUAUUUAUCUUGGCUCCCUGUCAUUCUGCCAAAACGAGUUUGGCCUUGGAAGAUAUUUGUUGCUAUUACUACUCUAUUUGUUUUUUUCGAAGUACCUAUAUAUGUAAUGUAUGGAGAGGAAUUCUGGAAGGUAUCUAUUCAAUUUAUUGUGAGUAACUCAUAAAUGCAGGUGGACGAUAUGCAUUAUUUUAUGGAAUCUUCAUUAUACUUUUAACAGACAUGCUACUUGAUUUUGUGACUUCGUACUAUAAACAUGGAAAUCUUGUAUUGGAUAAAAGAAAGAUAGCCAUGCAUUACUUCUAUGGUUAUUUUGUUUUUGAUUGUGUGGCUGUAUAAAUUUAAUUUUUAUAUUAGUUAUUCUCUUGUGUUAUUAGAUUAGCUGUAGACACUGAUCAUCUCAGAUUCAUCUUCUUCAUGUUCUAUUUCAAAUUGCCUUCUCUACUUAGAAUAGAUCAUCAAAUUGCAGAAUUAAUAUUGCUACAUAAAAGAUUAAGAACAUUCUACCAAAUCACAAAAAUGUUGAUAUUUAUGUUCUUCUGCUUCAACUUUUAUUGUUGCAUUUGGUAUGUGUUAGGCAUCUAUGGUGACAAUAUUCAUAUUAAUACUUGGCUAAAUGUACCAGGAAAUUUUGGAGUGAUCAAAGAUAAGUCAAUUCAUGAGAUUUAUUUUUAUUCCUUCUAUUUUAGCUUGAAUGUCCUCUCUACCACCAUGGGUUUUGGUGAUAUUGUAAAUGCUUUACCCUAUAUUUUAGUCUCCCAUGAAUAUUUAUGAAUGUUCCUUCGCUCUCUUUGGAGUGAUGUUUGCUGUCGUCGUAUUUGCUUUGAAUAUCAACAACUUUUAAAAGAUGAUGGAAGAAUACAACUCAUAUUAUAUGCAACGGUUCAAAUAAAAAGUAUUUAUAUCUUAAAUAUUAGGUGUCUAUUAAUAAAUUUAUGGAAUAAAAGAAUGUUCCUUCUGAAUUAAGGGAACGCAUCAGAUAAUACAUCAAUGAACAUUGGGCUGAAGAAGGAAGUAGAGACUAGGAAAGUGAACAAUAAGUAUUUGAAAUACUAGCACCUGAAUUAAAAUAGGAAUUGAUGUAUCAAUCUUUAGGGUAGUUUCUCCAAAGUACUAUGUUUGCGAAUCAUUUCACAAAACCAUUCCUCAAAGAGUUAGCACAGAAAAUAAGAGAACAAUCUUUUUCUUAAGGAGAUGAGAUAAUUGGGGUAGGAUCUACAGAACAAACUGAUGAUUUAAGCAUAUAUUACAUUGUGGGAGGUUCAGUUAUUGUGAAACCAGGAAAUAGUGAAAUUAUUAAAAAGAAAUUAGGAUUGUAUAGUUAUUUUGGAGAGUGGUCAUUCUUUACAGGUUAUUCCUAUUAAUAUUGUAAUUUUAGGUUUUCCAAGAACUGGUACCGUAAAUGCUAAAGAAUACUCCUAGGUUUAUGCAAUCACAAGAGCUGACUUUUUAGAAACACUAAAGAAAUUUCCUGAAGAUUUUGAAACAUAUUGUCAAAUAAGAGAUAAGUUAUUAUUCACCAAAGAAUACAAUUUAGUAGAAUAGCAAUGUUACACUUGUAAUAGUACAGAGCACUAUGCUGAUUAAUGCCCAAAGACUCAUUAUAUACCCUUAGUACAAGAAUUAAUUGAAGAAUCCACUGUCUUGGACCUUAAAUAGGAGAGGGUGAAAAUUUAGAGAUUUGAUAGAAAAUAAUGGGCAACUAGAGCUAAUGCAACAACUCUAAUUAAAGGGUUAAGUAAUAAUAAAUUGAAAAAGAAGGCUAAUCUUAUGCUCAAAACCUAGAGAGCUUUAAAGAAGAAUACUAUCAAAAUUGAUAAACCCUUAAUUCCUUAAUGGCAAGUCAAAGAACUUAAGAGUUUGGAUGAAGAAUAAGCAGCUAAUCCAAUGGUAGAUGAGAUGACAGAGAGUUAAAAUCUUAAUACAUAACCUAUUGAUAAUGAGAUUCCUCAAAGACAAUAACAGAGUUAAAGUUUGAAAACCUUUGCAAUUCAAACCUUGACUUCAUCUGCUAUGCAACAAUCAGCCCUAUUGAGUUCAAAAGUCAUUGAGAACCCUAAUCAAUCUUAAUCAUAAUAAAGAGAGAAUGUGAUGGCUGAGUACCAAAAGAUAGUACAGCCAACAAUAAAGACUGGAGUUGAAUAAUUUGAUGCCCCUGCUAACUACAAGAAUUACUAUAGAAAAUACAACAGUAACAAUUAUCAAGAGUUUAAAAAUGUUAAAAUUAUAGAAAAAAACAAAAUACAAAAUAUGAGACAAUCAAUAAUGUUAAAAUGA